AUGGCGUCGGACGCCGUAAAGUAUAUGCCGAUUCACGGCGGAACAACAACAACAACCGCCGCCGCAGCCGAGAUCAAGAGCUUCUUCUCCGCCGUGAAACCGAGAAAAACCUCAACUUUCGCUUACGCCUUUGUAAUCACUUUCGUCGCUUUCACUCUAUUCUUUGCCUUUAGUCCUUCUCCAAACUCUUCUUCCCCUUGGUUCUCUAACAUCUUCUCUUCCUCCUCCACCACAUCUCCUUCAUCAGACAACACUUCCGGAUCUCACUUCUCUUCAAUCUUCUCCUAUAUCAUCCCCAAUGUCACUUUAACGAAACCCACCAAUAGAUCUAGCGACGCCACGUCGAAUUUCACAGAGCCUAUCCCUGUAAACACCACUUCACCGUCUUCUCCCACUUCGAAUUCCGUCUCCGAUACCAUCAGAAACGGUACUUUGCAAGCUCCGGCGCCGGAAAAUCUCACUCCGAUUGCUAAAAACUCGACCUUUAAGUCUCCGAUCGUAAACAGAACCAACCCGGUUGCCAAAACCAACACUUCUUCUCAUCCUCUGCUUCCAGAUAAAUCGCCGACGGGAUCGAGUAAUCAGUCACUGACCACCGAUGCCGCUCGAAACCAGAAGACAGCAGCUCCGGCGCCGUCGAAAGCACCCGUGUCGGUGAACCUGACGGCCAAUUCCAGCUCAUCAGCUCCUUCUACGCCGGAAAAACAAACCGGAAACGGUGGCUUGGUGACUUCGGUGAAACAAGAGAUGGAGAAAUGGAGUGAAUCUCUGAAAGACUGCGAGUUCUUCGACGGUGAAUGGAUUAAGGAUGAUUCGUAUCCGCUCUACAAACCCGGUUCGUGUAAGCUGAUUGAUGAACAGUUCAAUUGUAUUUCAAACGGAAGACCCGAUAAAGGUUUCCAGAAAUUGAAGUGGAAACCUAAGAAAUGUAGUUUACCAAGAUUAAAUGGAGGUAUUUUGCUGGAGAUGCUUAGAGGAAGAAGGCUAGUGUUUGUUGGGGAUUCUCUAAAUAGGAACAUGUGGGAAUCUCUGGUUUGUAUUCUUAAAGGAUCAGUGAAAGAUGAGAGCAAAGUCUAUGAGGCUAGUGGAAGACAUCAUUUUCGUGGGGAGGCUGAGUACUCCUUCGUCUUCCAAGAUUACAAUUGCACGGUGGAGUUUUUUGUUUCACCUUUCUUGGUCCAAGAAACGGAAAUUGUUGACAAGAAGGGAACGAAGAAGGAGACUCUACGGCUGGAUUUGGUCGGGAAGUCGUCUGAGCAGUACAAAGGAGCUGAUAUUAUCAUCUUCAACACCGGACAUUGGUGGACUCACGAGAAAACAUCCAAAGGGGAGGAUUAUUAUCAAGAAGGAAGCAAUGUCUAUCACGAACUCGCUGUACUUGAAGCUUUCCGUAAAGCUUUGACCACAUGGGGUAGAUGGGUUGAGAAGAAUGUGAAUCCAGACAAGUCCCUUGUUUUCUUUCGUGGCUACUCCGCUUCACAUUUCAGUGGUGGGCAAUGGAACUCGGGAGGAGCAUGCGAUAGCGAAACAGAACCAAUCAAGAACGAGACGUACCUAACCCCAUACCCUUCGAAAAUGAAGGUGCUAGAGAGAGUGUUAAGGGGAAUGAGAACGCCCGUCACGUAUCUAAACAUCACCAGAUUAACGGAUUACAGGAAAGACGGACACCCUUCAGUGUACCGGAAACAUAGCUUAUCGGAAAAGGAGAAAAGAACGCCGUUGCUGUAUCAAGACUGCAGCCAUUGGUGCCUCCCUGGAGUUCCCGACUCUUGGAACGAGAUCCUCUACGCCGAGCUACUCGUCAAACUCAACCAGCUUGGCCAAGCACGACGGAAACCUUAGGAAAAAAAAGGAAGUAUAACAGUGUUCUUUCGUAAAAUAAAAAAAAAAGGUUUGAGGUUUACGGAAAAUGUUAAUGUAAUUUGUCGAUCACCGACAAUUACAUUAAUAUAAAUUUGUCCAUUUCGGGAAAUAAUAUAAGGAUCUGAAGACAACUUGGGUUUGGUCACGACGCAUUCACAUGGGGAUGUUUGGACUUUUUGACCACGAAGGUCUUUCCGUUAGGUCAAAUGCUUUUAUUUAUGAGUGGUUCAGUGCGAUUGGAUCCAACCUGGUGCAGUUGUUCGCCACGUGGCGUACCUGUAACCUAUUUAUAAUUCUGUAUUUGAUUUGAAGAGUUAAAACAUGUGACUAAUUUGGUUGGAGAUUGGGAAAAGCAGAGACAGUAUGUGUUUAUGUUUGUGUAGAAAGUAAG